AUGGGCUGCGGAUCAUCGUCGGCGGCCGAAGUGGCUCCGGCAGAGAUUGUGGACCCGUCGCCGCCUUCUGAAGUGCCGUCGGAUCCAAAGAUUCCGACCAGCUACCGGCCGUCCAUUAUCAGUCUUCAGAUUCCGAACGAGUUUGGAGACGAUGUCAGUUCGGACGCUCUCAGGUCAGUUCGUAGAAGACUGAAUGCUUCAGAACCCCACCGCUUUUUAGUGACCGUUCUGAUGGACACGAAGAGAACGUGGACUACUUGUACGCAACGGAUGUGACCCUGCAAUGGCUUCUCCAAAGAAUCGCCGACAAGUUGAACAAAACGAUUCCAGAGGAUCCGCAAUGGAUCAUAGAGAGACUGAACAGACCGAGCUGGGAUCGUAAGUGCUCCAACUGUUCUUUAUUCGUCCUUAAAUCCUUCUAUAGUUGACUAUGCCACUUCGUCCGUGGUCCGGGUGACAUUCGGAUGGGACGACGACGAUCUUCCGAGGAGCGUCGUGCUCAAAACGCCAGUUGCCAAAGAUCAGAGAGACGACGAGGAGGGAAAGUACCAUUAUAUCAUGUUCAAAAGGUGUCCGACUUCUAAUGCUCGAUCUCUUUUUUACAAAAUGUUUCAGAGAGUGUAAUGUGUACGAAUGGACACAGAAAUUUCCGAAAUUGGUGGCGCCGAACAUCAUUCACAUCAAAAAGCACUCGAAGGAAGGCAGCGGAGUCGUCGUGAUGGAGGACGUUUCCGAAAAAGGACAAGAACAGGAUCCAGUGAAGGGAUUAACGGUGAGGAAGAGGAAAGGAAGAAGAAGAAGCAAACGAGGAAGUGCUCUGAGUUUGUGCUUUGAGCAGAAGAGAGAAGAUCACAAAUCUUCUGAAUCUCUAAACGAUAUUUCAGUUGGAAGUGGUCCGCGAUCUUCUGAAACAGAUUGCAUACCUUCAUUCGAUCUCCCUGAAACACACCUCCUGGAGCACUCUCGUCGCCGAUCUUCCGCCCUCUUACUAUGCUCACACAAUCGGAAACUUUGAUGAGACCAUGAACUUUUUUGAAAGACAAGACGUGGAUCACUCGAGAUUUGUGGUAAACUUCCAUUUGUUCUGAUAGCAUCCAUUCUUGAUCGAAUUCAGCACAUUGGAAAGUAUUUCUCCGAUGAAUACCUCCAUUCGACGGCCACCGAAACCACAGAACUGCUGGAAAUUCCAAAGGUUCUGGUGCACGGAGAGCCGUACGCGAGCAACGUUUUCACGAAAAUGGAGGGAAAAGAGCAGAGGAUUCUGUCGCUGAUCGAUUGGACCGAAGGGCAUUCCGGAUGCUUCGCAGAAGACGUCGCCAAGAUAAUCUGCUGGAAUCUGAAUGCGAAGGAACGAGUGGACAACACGAGUUCUCUUCUCGAAGGAUACCAUUUUCAUCUGGCGAGGUGAGUAGUUCAUUCCCACUCUGCCACGUCUCAUUCUUCAGAUAUUACGACGGCGACUGCCCGUUCACAGUGGAUAUAAUCCAGCGGGCGUACGAAGUCUUUGUCCCUUUCGCCAUGGUUUCCCUGUGCGGAAAAGUGAUGAGUGUGAAGAACAAAACAGAAAAAGAGCCGCUGAUCGAGAGAGCCAAAAGCCUUAUCCAGCAAGUGUAUGCGAUGGAAAGACUGAACGAAUGA